GAUCUCUGGCUCGUAAUAGUAGCUCCCAGGCCAAGACAUCAAGAAGUCUUUUAGGAAAUUUAUCCUUGGUUAGUUAUUGUUUCUUUAUUAAUGAUCUGGUUAGUUUACAUUACUUCAUAGUUUAUACACUUGACUACUAGGAAAUAAGGCUUCUCCUUCCUUUCAAAAAGCUUUUAACUUUUAUAUGAUCUCUAAAACACUCCUUAACAUUGCUAAUUUUCACUAACUAGUUAUUAAAUUGAUAAUUCGUUUCAAGAAAGAAAACAAAUGAUACUUUUGCACAUAUUUUCUUGGAAACGAAUGGUAACCAAGAGAAUAGAGAGGAACGUUACAUUCCUUAACGUUCCUUAAAAAGAUUAUCAUUCAUGAAAAAUAUUUUUUUCUCUUCAUUCCCUCUCAUUCUUUUUUGUAGAGAAUUAUAAUGCAAAAUUGUUUCUUGUUAAUUUUGAUAAGGAACCCUCAUUCCUCAUCGUUUCCAAAAUUUUAUUCCUAUUCAUUAUUUUCCUAUUCAUUCCUAAUGUUCUUGGAUGGUUACCAGUCAUAGUAAAUAAAUACAUUAUGAAAUAUAAAAGGUAUUUGUUUAUCAGGUUAUGGAAAGAACAAAGAGAAAAAUACAGAGAAAACAAAACCUGUAUUUGCUUACAGACAAAAAAGGGAAAAUUGUUUUUUUAGAGCAAAAAAAUGAUAAUUAUGUCCAUUUAGACUAAUCUCAUAUACUUUAUGUCUCAUUAAGCUAAUUAUUUUCAAAAAGGCAAUAAUGCCCUUAAAAUUGUAAUUUUUAAAUAUAAUAAAUAAUGGGUUCGAUUAAGCGGGAUCGAUCGAUCCAAAAUUACAAGGUCGAACGGAUCGAUCAUGAUCAUUAUGCAUAACAAAAAAAACGCGGAGCAUAUACUGAUAUACCUGGUCCAUUUCACUCGAUCGGCAAAAGUCGAUUUCAUACAGAUCGACCGAUCUCAAAUUAUUGACCGAUCGAUCCGUGGAAGCAUAGAUAUGACUCAUGGUAGAUAGGCCUGGGCAUUUUAACCUGGACCCGAAAACCCGGACCGGAACCGACCCGAAAUCACAGGUCCAGGUACAGGUACAAGUAUGUGUAGAUUAACCUGUUGGAUAUAUUAUUCAUAGACCCGUGGGUACAGGUUCGGAUCCGGGUAAGACCCGAUACCCGAACGGGUAUUAAUGGAACCAAAAAAAACUAAUAGGCGUGCUUCAAGACUUCAAGACUUCAGGUUACAGCACGUCACUUGAUGUUUUGUCUCAAACCUCGGUAUCUCCUCGGCUCCUGCAGUCGUUUCCACUCCCCCAAACAGCCUUCAAUCUUGAACAAAACCGAAAAAAACUUAUCAAUCAAACUGGAAGACCUAAAUCAUACUCAUCUAAUUUCUUCUUCUCCACUUUCUGAGACUUCUCAAAAUAAUUCUGUGAUGGCUUCUUGUGAGAAUCCAGUUGGAAGGGAUGAAGAUGAACCAAUGCAUGUUGAAGAUAGUGAUUCUGAUUGAAGUCAUGAUGAAAUUAGGACUCCAAGUUCUCGUAAACGCAAAGAAGCUGAUGGUGGAAGUACUUCAAAAUCAGGAAAGAAAACAAGAUCUUGGGUUUGGAAUCACUUCGCGAGGCUGCAAAAAGACAAUGACAAAGCUAAGUGUCACCAUUGUGGGAAGGAGAUGAUUUGUCCAAGCAAAAUCAGGAACAUCAAAUAUGAAGAAGCAUUUGAAUUUUGCGUGUAAGGGUUACAAAUUAUGGCAAGCUGCAAAUAAGUUCAAUAAGCAAGGUCAAGAUGGUGAUGAUGACAGUCUUAUGAUCUGCAAGGUUUCUGAAUCAGUGUUCAGGGAAGCUUCUAAUGAGAUGAUGGUCUUGGGAGAACUGCCAUUAGCUUGGGUAGAAGGUUUAGCAUGGAAACACUUCUGCGACAAGGUUAAACUUUACAGCCCUCAUUCUAGGAGAAUAGCUUCAAGGGAUAUAGUUGAGAUAUAUGUGAAAAAGAAAGCUGCCAUGAAGAAGAUUCUUGUAGAUAAUAAGCAAAGGCUCUCACUGACAACAGACAUAUGGGUUGCUCCUUAUACAAGAGCAAGUUAUAUGGUUGUAACGGCCCAUUUUAUUGAUUCAUGCUGGCAGCUAAAGAAGUUGAUUAUUGGAUUCAAGAAUGUGUAUGAUCACAAAGGUGCAACCAUCUGUAAGGUUCUGAUUGACUGUUUAGCAUAAUGGGAGAUCAAACGGGUGUUCAGUAUCACUGUUGAUAAUGCCACAGCCAAUAGUUCAGCUAUGAGGAGAUUCAAGGAGCAAUUUGUCGAAAAUGGAGAUGAUGCUUUGGUACUUAAUGGUCGGUUUCUCCAUUUGAGGUGUGCUACUCACAUACUGAAUUUGAUCGUUAAAGAAGGAUUGCUUGAGGCAGACAACAAUAUCAGUGCCAUUCGAAAUGGCAUCUGCUUUGUGAGGUCUUCAACACCUAGAAUGAAUUCAUUUGAGAAGAGAGUAGAAUCAAGAAGACUUCAGAGAGGGAGCUUGCCUUUGGAUGUAGAGACAAGAUGGAAUUCUACUUAUCUCAUGCUAGAACAAGCUUUGAAGUUCAAGGUUGGUUUUGAGAAGAUGGCGGCUGAAGAUAAGCCAUAUAAUGACUACUUCAAUGAAACUAUACAGGGAACAAAACGCAUUGGGCCACCGAGUAAAGCUGACUGGGAAGCUGUUAACCGGUUAGUUCAGUUCUUGAUCAUAUUUUACAGUGCAACUUUGGUUCUUUCUGCUUCAACAAGUGCUUGUUCCCAUAAGCUAUACCAUGCUAUAGUCACGGUGCAAAGAAACAUCAGUGCAUUGAGUAACACACCUGGUCCGGAUGCUAUCUUAAGGUCUAAGGCUGCAUCAAUGUUAGGAAAGUUAGGGAAGUAUUGGGAUCCAUUUGGGGAACAUAAGGAGAUGAAUAAACUUGUGAUAGUUGCUGGUGUUUUCGAUCCGAGCAAGAAGAUGAAGGUUACUACCAAGCUUUUUGAGAAACUCUAUGGUGUAGGAGGUGUUCGGGUUACUCAACUAACCACUGAAAUUGAGGACAUCGUGAGAAGCCUUUUUGAUGAGUACAACAACAAUGUGAAGAAGCGACGUGAUGCUGCAGCUGGUGGAUCUUCUACUCAGGCUCAAGGUAAUUCUUCUCAGUUUCAAGAACAACCUGGUGAAGAAGUAUCUCAAAAUACAGUUCUUGGGAAUGGUCUUGCUUAUGAGAGCAUGAAUGAUAUAUAUAAUGAGCUUGUUCAAGAAUCAGGGUUUCAAGAAAAAACAGAUGAGUUAGAUUUAUAUCUAAAAGAGAAUGUGGAGACUCGGAAUUUAACGGCAGGUUCAUAGUAUGAUGUUCUUUCUUAUUGGAGGUUGAGCAGUGCAAAGUAUCCGGUUCUGUCUCUAGUUGCUAGGGAUGUACUUGCUAUGCAAGUGUCUUCAGUUGCAUCCGAAUCAGCCUUUAGCACAAGUGGUCGAGUUCUAGAUCCAAGUAGAAGUUGCUUAACCCAUUACAUGAUUGACGUGCUAAUGUGCACUGAACAAUGGUUGAAAUGUGAGAUUAAAAUCAAGGGAAAAGGAGUUGUAAGGAAAGAACAACUACUUAAGGAGAUAGAAGAGAAAUAUGCACUUAUGAGAGAAUUUGAACCAGCGUUUAACAUCCAAGGCCAAGGUCCCUGAAUACAAACUUCCAAAGAACAAAUGAGGUUGUGCCUUAGUGACUUGGUCUGAAUCUGAACUUGUGUUAGUAUGAACUAUGAAGCUAGUGUUUUCGACUUGUUUGUAUGAAGUUAAUGACUUUGAGUUGAUCUUGAUAGUAUGAAGUUAUGAAAUAUGAAGUUAGUGAUUUCGACUAGUACAUUUUUUGGCUUGUUUUGAUUAUCGGCUUGAUUGUAAAUUUGUAAUUAUGUUAAUAGGCAUGUGAAAUGGAGACUAGUUAUGGUCGGCUGGAAGCAAAGAAACUUGGAGAAGACGUGAUGAAGUUGUUGUUUUCUAUUUUCUUUUGUUUUUGGAUUGAAACUUCAUAAGAUUUAUGUUAUUUAGUACUUUUGUGUGGUUGAAUUGUUUGCAAAAACAUAUAAGUUUGAUAUGAAAUUAUGGAUAUUUGGUUUUCAA